AUGCCGUUCAUCAAAUUCAUAAAACAUCAUAGUACCGAGAAAUCCAAAAACACUAGGCUCCCUCCUGGUCCUACGCCAUGGCCUAUAGUUGGAAAUCUUCCUGAAAUGCUUGCAAACAAGCCUACAUUCAGAUGGAUACAAAAGCUGAUGAAUGAUCUAGACACUGAAAUAGCUUGCAUCCGUCUAGGUAAUGUUCAUGUAAUCCCUGUCACAAGCCCUGAAAUUGCACGUGAGUUCUUGAUCAAACAUGAUGCUGUUUUUGCUUCGAGACCCUUGAACUGGUCCAGUGAGCAUGUCUCAAGUGGAUAUUUGACAACAGCUCUUGUACCCUUUGGAGAACAAUGGAAGAAAAUGAAGAAAGUGCUUCGCAAUGAUUUGCUUUCACCUCUCAGGCAUCAAUGGCUUCAUGACAAAAGGAUGGAAGAAGCUGAUAACCUUGUUCGUUAUAUCUACAACCAAUGCAAAAAUGGUGGCCUUGUGAAUGUGAGGGUCGCUGCACAGAGUUAUUCUGGGAACGUGAUUAGGAGGUUGGUUUUCAAUAAAAGGUACUUUGGAAAAGGUAAGGAAGAUGGAGGACCAGGCUUUGAGGAAAUGGAGCAUGUUCAAGCACUUUUUAUUGUGUUAAAGUACAUCUUCGCUUUUUCUGUUUCUGAUUACCUGCCAUGUUUGAGAGGACUUGACUUGGAUGGUCAUGAGAAAAUCAUGAAAAAUGCUGUUAUGAUCCUAAAGAAAUAUCAUGAUUCUAUCAUCGAGGAAAGAAUUCAGCAAUGGAAGAAAGGGGAAAAGAAAGAUGAAGACGACUUGCUUGAUGUUCUCAUCUCACUAAAAGAUGCAGAUAACAAUGCACUGUUGACUGAGGAGGAAAUUAAAUCUCAAAUUAUGGAAAUGAUGAUUGCAACCGUGGAUAACCCAUCAAAUGCAGUUGAAUGGGGACUUGCUGAAAUGAUAAAUCAACCUGAGCUACUUCAAAAGGCUACCGAAGAAUUGGACAAUGUGGUUGGUAAGGGAAGGUUGGUGCAAGAAUCAGAUAUUCCAAAGCUCAACUAUGUGAAGGCUUGUGCAAAAGAAGCUUUUCGCAUUCAUCCCAUUUUGGAUUUUAACGUUCCCCAUGUUUCCAUGGGUGACAUAGUUGUUGCUAAUUACUUUAUCCCAAAGGGUAGCCAUGUGUUGUUAAGGAGACAAGGACUUGGUCAAAAUCCAAGAAUUUGGAAAGAACCCCUUAAGUUCAAACCAGAACGUCAUCUUAAGAGUGAUGGGUCUAAUUUGGUUUUAACAGAUCCAAGGUUGGAGAUGUUGUCAUUUAGUGCUGGAAGGCGUAGCUGUCCAGGAUUCGUGCUUGGAACUGCAAUGACUGUUAUGCUAUUUGCAAGGUUAUUGCAUUGCUUUACUUGGAAUGUGUCACCUAAUAAGUCUAGCAUUGACCUCUCUGAAUCUGAAGAAGAUACCAAGAAAGCUAAGCCCCUUGUGGCAUUUGCAAAGCCAAGGUUUCCAUUAGAAGUUUAUGGUACAUAUUAA